UGAGUGCUUUAGGGUGAAAAAAGAUCCACACGCAGAGCUCAACGCGCAUGCGUGUGUGUGGUCUUCCACCUUUCAAUGCUUUCGCAUUUUUUUACCUGCAGUGGACAAUUACGCACAGGCAGACGCGCACGCUGGCGCAUGCUCGCCGCAGCAGCAGCGCGCGGCAGCAGAGGGACGAGAGAAGACAAGCGCAUCCGCACCGCACGCGGCAGGAAUUAUGGAGCUCAGCGGCCAUGUCUAAAGCCACGGUGAAGAAGCUGCACUGGCGCUCCAAGGUCCAGGAGAGCUUCGUUCCACUGGGUGCCGGCACCGGCUCAGGAGAACUGGGUCUGGCCGUUGGCGGCGGAGCUGAUUAUGGCGAGUUUCCAUUCGUCACUGCAGCCCCAGGGGGUGGGGCUACGGUGGGUGACAUCAUCUUGGAGAUCGGGGGGACGCCCGUGUUGGGGAUGACGCUGGGCGACGUCAGAGGCGUUCUGAACUCCUGUCCUCAUCCAAUCAGGAUUAAGACAGUGUCACCAGGUUCCUCUCUGUGUAAAGACCUCAGGUUGUACCUCAGCAAGUGUUUCACUCCGGGCUCCAUGGACAGUCAGCUUCAGCAGCUCAUCAGGGAGAACCUGUACCUGCGCGCCGUGCCAUGUACAACACGGCAGCCGCGGGAUGGUGAGAUCUCAGGGGUGGACUACAACUUUGUUUCCAUCGAGGAGUUUUUCUCUCUGGAAGAGUCUGGUGCUCUACUGGAGAGCGGCAAGUUCAAAGGGAACUAUUACGGAACACCCCGUCCCGUACAUAUCGGACCAGAGAGUCCGCCAAUCACAUACCAAGAACAUCGCAACCUGCUGAGGAACUUCAGGACGAGGAGCAAGUCUCUGAGUAACCUGGAGAAGGCAGCAGAGGAAGGAGAAAACAGCGAGGAGGAGAGCGGGCCGUCAGGUAGAAAACCCGCUCCGUGUCCUACACCUGCACAGGUGAGAUUAAAUCCUAAGCAGGCCGUUUCUGCAGGGCCAGCCCCGCCCACGGCGCUGCCGCUCAGCCAAUCAUGGGACUCGACAGCCAGCAGUCGGGAGGGAAUGGAGAACGGAGCAGGAGGCAGAGGAUUGGGAAGAGGAAGAGGGGGAGGCCCACUUCCUGAUAACUGGGAGCUAGCCUACAGUGACUCAGGAGAGCCCUACUACAUCAAUCACAUCUCAAAGACAACCAGUUGGGCGGAUCCUCGAACGCAGAGCAAAGAGACGCCAUCCUGCACAGAACUUCCGGAGUUCUCAGACCAGCCGAGCCAGCUGAGGGGUUACUCCAUCCACACCCGCCUCUCCAAGGGACCUCGAGGUUUUGGAUUCAACAUCGUCGGAGGAAGUCAACCUCAGGAGUUCCUGCAGGUGUACAGUGUCACACCUGGAGGUCCACCGACUCUCAAUACAGCGGACAUCCUGGUGUACAUCAAUGACACCUGUGUGCUGGGUCGCUCUCACAAGGAGGUGGUGGAGAUGCUGAAGUCAGUGCCAAUGGGUCAGAGCGUGGAUGUGGUUUUGAGGAGAGGAUACCCCAUGCUUUACAACCCCGAUGGAUGCCCCAAACAGAACCUGGAGCCUCAGACUUCCAGCGAGUCCUCCAACCAGAGCAGGGCGCUGACGCACCUCACCUUCAGCCGGACGCUGGACGCCAACGGCAGCACGCCAGGUUCGGCACGAACCCCGCCCUCUUAUGUCCCUGAGCCAAUGACAAACGGUCUGGCUGGACCUCCGACUCCCACAUCGUCAGAUGUGUCGCAGCCCCCCCCUCAGUCUGCAGACAGGACUCCAACUAGUCACAGCGAUUCUGAUGGCGGCCAAUCCAAUGCUGGGACCCGGAGGUCUUCGUUGAUUCGCUACAACAGCAGCACUCUCCCCACCCUUUCCUCUUCCUCGCUCCUCCUUCAUCAGAGCUCCAAGUCUUCAGAGAGCGACCUGUCCACGUCCACGCUCCCUAACAUCUCCUCCUCGUCCCACAUGUUGUCCAAACUGACCCUCUCUCAGCUGGACGUGGGUCGCGUCCAGAACUUCACCUCCACCGGCAGUGACAACCCCUCCUCCUCCUCCGCUGCUCCCUCUGCUCCUGUGCCAUGCCAGCAGAUGCCUCAGACUUCGCACGCCGUGAUGCCAUCUAGAGACGUUCCGCCGUGUGGCUUUAACGGGUGUCCGGCAAACCACGGGCUGACCUCCUCGUCCUCCAGAGGAGGCGGAGGUCUGGUUCUACCUCUUGGUGCAGGGUCACCAGGUUCAGCACAUGGAGGAGAGCUGGUUCCUGUGGCGCUCAGACACAGUGAGAGCGGCGGGUUGGGGUUCAGCGUGACGGCGGGAGGACAGGGCGGGCAGCAGGCCGUGGUGAAGCGGGUGUGGGAUCGGAGGCAGUGUCCCUUGCUGCAGGCUGGAGAUCUGAUUGUAAAGAUCAACGGAGCCGAUGUGCAGAGCCUCAGCUUCACUCAGGUCCAGAGAGUCCUGCAGGAACACACCAAACAAGGAGAGGUGGUCCUGCUGGUCCACAGAGGAGGUCCCGUCUCCUCCCCCCUCGUCACGCCAAACCUCUACAAGCCGCUCUCCUCCCCCCACAUCCUGACCACUCAGUCCUCCACUGAGCUGCCUUCCCCGUCCACAGGUGCCUCUCUGGGGGGCGCCCCCACCCUCAGCCAGGCCGGCUUGGCCCCUGAGGGUCCACAGGAGAGCCAGCUGCUACCGUCAGGGGCCCACAAAGGGGCCCCUCCUGCUCAGACUCCAAACGGGCCCUCGGCCUCGGCCCUCAUCCAGAGCACCAGCUUCCUGGAUUCGGUUCCGGUGACCCUGACCCUGGAGCCCCGCGACCUGCAGGGUGUGGAGGACAGCUCGGGGCCGGCCCCUGGGGGCGGAGCUUCAGGAGCCAGGGCCAAAGAUGGCCGAGGAGGAGCCAAGAUGGUGGAGGUGGAGCUGAGGAGGCGGCCGGGGGAAGGCUUUGGAUUCGUCAUCGCGUCUCAGGAAGUGAGCGGAGCCUCCUCCCUGAUGGCCCACCGCUUCGUGACGGUGCGCCGCGGCAGCCCGGCGGCUCGCAGCGGUCAGAUCCAGCCCGGAGAUCGGCUGGAGGCGGUGGAGGGCCGACCGGUCGGCGGCCUGCAGCACAGAGACCUGUCCCAGAUCCUGAGGAGGGCUGGGAACACGCUGAGGCUGAGCAUCACGCCCAAACAGCAGUCUUCCUCCGACGGAGCCGACCUGGACACCAAUGGACGCCUCAUCAAAGGGCCCAGAGGGAGGUCAAAGGAUGAGUCCAGGUUCUACAGCGUGGAUCUGGAACGCGGCCCCACAGGGUUCGGUUUCUCCCUGAGGGGGGGCAGCGAGUACAACAUGGGCCUGUACGUCCUGGGGCUGAUGGACGGGGGGCCGGCCCAGCGCAGCAACAGGAUACAGGUGUCCGACCAGCUGGUGGAGAUAAACGGAGACAGUACGGCGGGAAUGACCCACAGUCAGGCCGUGGAGCAGAUCCGUAGAGGCGGACAUCGAAUCCACCUGGUUCUGAAAAAAGGAAACGGAUACGUUCCAGAUUAUGGCCUUGAGGAAGGAGCCCUCUCCCCCUCCUUGUCCUCACGGGAUCAGGAGUUCGUAGCCAUGACAACAGCUUCCCUCAGCAGGGAGUGGAGAGAAAGAGAGGGAGAGAGGAGGAGGGAGAGGAAGGUGGAAACCAAACGGAGAACAGGAGGAGCAGGGCCUCCUGAUCUGGACCUGGACCGGGUGGAAGAAGAAGCUCAAGAGGAGCAGAAGAGGAUGCAAAGGAAAAGAGAGGAGGAGGAGGAGGAGGCUGAGAUGAGACGACAAGAGGAGGAGGAGGAAGAGGAGAGGAAAAGAAGAAGAAGGAGGAAGGAGGAGAAAAGGGAGAGAAGUCAGACAAAAUUUGACAACCAGGGAAGGAGAACCAGGAGCUUACCCAGGAAUGGAGCCUCUUCCUGGGGGUCCUCCCUGCCAGAGGAGGCGGGGAGCGCAGGGCAAAGCGACAGGAGGAGGAGCCACACCGUCAGCCGCCAUGCAAAGGGUCAUGGGAGCUCCGCGACAGCUCCAAGAGAAGCGUUCUCCUUCCUAAUGCCGAUGAAUGACAACCCUCCGUCUGACAGCGAAUCAGCCGCCAGCUCAGAGAUCCGCCAAUCAUCAGCCGUAGUCAGGGGGGGGGCGCAGGAGAACGGGCCAGGUCUCUGGCUGAAACCCAACCCCCAGAAGCUGAGCCAGGUUCUGACUGGCAGCAGGUUCAGAGGGCGGGAGCUGGCAGACGGGCUUUCUCUCUGAUUGGCCAACAGUGACGACAUUUUCCUGUUUCUUUGCUGAACUUUUUUUAUUGGCGUUAUAAUAAAGGGCUAAUAUGGUUGGCCUGCUGAGAGAAGGCCCGCCUCUCACUACAUCCUAUUGGACAGGAGCAGAUGAACCGGCCUCUGAUUGGACCUGCAGCUGCUCACCACUCCUCCUGCCUCACUCUCAGCCCUCCAACCAAUCGGUACCUUGGUUACCGUGACAACCAAAACUAUUGCAUGUUUGGUGGAACUGCUUCCUGUUCCUCCAUCAUCAUCAUCAUAACAGUCCUUUAAACUGUAUGCAAACGUCGGCGCUGUCUUGUGACUGUCCUCAGCAUGUGAAUACAACCGGAAUGAGUUUUUUAUUUUUAUAACGUGUAAAUGAUCGCUGACACGAUUACUGAUAUAUUAUUGACAUGAUUAGAGAUGAACAGAACCUUACGUGUGAUCUGCCUGCCUGCUUUUAAAAAGACAAACCGAUGAUUUAACAGAGCCAUACCAAUACGCACACACUGAUGUCAGGUCCGGCUGUCGUCCAACAGCGUCACCAUGGCGACCGUGUGAUAGUGACGGGAUGAGCCGCAGCUCCGGAUCAGAACAAGUGCCUCGUUUUUUUGUUUUUUUGAAGCCUUCGUCCUGCGAACCUCGGCCUUCUCCUGUCCCGUCUCUUCACCACGCUCUUCCACGAUGCCAAGUAAUCACAGCCACUCACACAGAACCGGUUCUAUAUGGAGUUUUAUAUGAAAGAUUCAAAUAAAGACUGAAUAAAUA